AUGAUUCUUCCUACUACCAAUGAAGAUGAUACUAAAUCAUCUUCGAAUGAUAAUAAUAACACUAAUGAUGAUGAUGAUUCCCGUAAUGGGAUAAAAUCCGAAGAGAAUUCGGUACGGACUGCUAAACAUUCAGAACCAUUUCCAACCCAGAAGCAUCCUAAAUAUAACUUCGAUGUUGUUGUUUCAGAUGCCACUGCCAGGAAUUUGAAACAGUUACUACUUUCGCAUAUGUAUAACUAUCUGUUAACUCAUAAACAUUUGGAGACUGCAAAACAAUUUUUAAAAGAAGCAGAUGUUCCUUUAUUAACUGGAAACGCUGAGAUCAAUGACGAAAGCAAUUCAUUCAGAGGUAACGCAGGUGUUGAUGGUGAGCCGGCAUUGAAUCCAAAUAUCAAACUGGAGGAUGACCAGAUUUACAGGCAAAAAGUAGAAAAUCAAACUCCUAUGACUUCAAAAAAGCGUCUUUCAUCAUAUUCACAAAAUGAUCUAAAUCCACGAGAAUUAUUAGCUGCUAAAAUGUUAAUGGACUCUAAAAAUUCUUUCUUAUUAGAAUGGUGGGAACAGUUCAGCACUGUUUAUAAUUUUAUUGAUGGGCAAGAUAUCGAGUCCAUAAAAAAAGCAGAAACCUUAAAACAAGAUAAAAUUACUUCACUCCUACCACAAGCUCAAAUAAAUACAUUAAGUUCGAGUAAUUUUGGUUCCAUGCCAUAUAUGGGAAUGCAGCAAAAACAAUCACAACUGCAGCAACAACAACAAAUACAACAACUUCAGCAGCAGCAGCAACAAAACUUCCAAAAUGGGUUCGUCAAUAAUAUAGAUAAAAAUAAUGUAAAUAUGGAAAAACAAUCAACUCAAACUCAAAGGAUGAACCAACAGAAAUUACAAUAUCAGUGGCAACUUCAACAACAAUUACAGAUGAAAUUACAAAGACAAAUGCGAAACCAGCCAAUGCCAGUAACGAACCAAAAUAUGAGUAAGAAAAAUAGUGGUGUUACAGAUAUAAACGUUAAUAAUAACAGUAGUGAUACUAAUGAUAAUAAUGAAUAUGCAAAUCAUGGUAAUGGUACUGGCAAUCUGAAGGAUCCUGCAUUCAUACAUAAUUCAAUACCACUACAAAACUAUUCCCCGAAUUCUAACACGAACAUCUACUCUCAACAACAGCAACCCUUGGUGGAUAACAACUUCGGAAUAGAUCGUGCAAACAGAAGGUCAUCUCGAGCCAUUUCUAAUGAAUUGAACAAUAUGAUCAAUUUUGAAAAGCAAUUAAAAUUACAGAGACAAAUGCUUGAAAGUAAUAAGAGUGCAAAUAAUGAUGGUGACAAUUAUAAUGAAAAUAGUAAUGCAGACUCUACUAAGAGUAGCAAAAAUGAAAAGAGUAUCGGUGAUGUGGAUAGUAGUCAAGUAAUGGAUUGGAGUAAAUCUCAAAAGGAAAGAGUGAAAGUAAUGAAAGAACAACAACAAAACCUCAUUCAACAACAUGUAACUCAACAGCAGCGUGGUAAAAACUCGAAUUUGGAAGACAAAUCUGAAAAAAAUAAAGCUGUGAAAGAUAAUGUUAAUAUUAACGAUAAUGAUAACAUUAACCCAAUACAAAAUAAUAGUGACGUUGAUAUGAGAAACCAGUACAUGAUGAUGGUGCAAAUGAUGAUGAUGUCGAAAGGUGACCAACAACUUCAUCAGGGUAAACAACAAAUUCCACAACAGAUGCAGAACUCAAUGAUCCCACAACAACUGCAACAUUUUCAACUACAACAGCUACAGAUGCAAAUGCAAAUGAAACAAUUUUCUAAAGAUCAAAUGAAGAAUUCAAGUACAAAUACUAACAACAAUAAUAAUAAUAAUAAUAACAAUAAUAAUAAUAAUAAUAAUAAUAAUAAUAAUAAUAAUAAUAAUAAUAAUAAUAAUAAUAAUAAUAAUAAUAAUAAUAAUAAUAAUAGCAAUAAUACUAUAAUGAGUAUUUCACCAAAAAUGACUUCAACAGACAAUAGCAUAGAUGCAACUGUGAACACUGUAGUUUCUAUGGGAAGCAGUAGACAACCAAAGUCCAAAAAUACACAGUCUAACAAGAAACCCGUUGCAGAACCCAAGAAGCGCAAAAAGAAGACUGAAAUAUCGAGAAGUUCCACCCCUAUUGGCACAACUAAAUUUAUUAGUGAAAAUAAUAGUAUUGCUAAUGUCGAGAGCAUCAAUCGUAACCAAGAUUCGGGUGCUCUUAAACAGGUUCAAUCCAGUGGUUUCCCGAUUAUGAAAUUCAAUAAUAAUCCUAACGUCAUCUCUCCGAAUCCAGAGAAAAUCUAUCCUUCUUAUUCAAAAGAUUCUUCAAGAAGAAAAUCACCCACUUCAAAUAAUUUUAGUAGUUCUCAAACGCAAACUGGAGAGACUUCGAAUCAAAGGAAGAAGAAACGUAGAAAAACCAAAGGCUCUACUCCAACUAUUGCAAACUCGGUUUCAGGUCAACCACCUUUUCCAAACAGUAUUGAUGGUUUAGCAGAGACUGAUGAUGCUUCUUUGUUAAAUAAAGAUUUAACCUCAGAAUUCAAUAAUCUGCCCAAUACCGUUUUCAAUGAAAACUCAAUGGAUAUGACAUUUGGCUUCGAUGUGAAUCCUAAUAGUAAUGACAUUGGCAAUAAUGAUUUAGCAUUAAAUAUCGAUCUAAUGAAUUUUUCAAAUAAUCCAAUGGGAAUGGAUGACUUUCAAUUAUUCGACAAGGAUAACCUUCCAAACAAUCUAAUGGAUAAUUAA